AUGGUUCAAAUCUCUAAACUUGCCUUUGCUCUUUCAGCAGCUUGCCUUGCACCUGUCAUUGCCCAUCCUGGAGAACACUAUGAUCAUCAUGCCGUCAAGCGAGAAAUCAUUGCUCGUGAUCAAAUGGCUUCCGCUGCCAAAAGAUCCCUCGAUUCUUGCUCUGGAUCCUUGAAGCAUCGUCAACUUAACGCACGAUCCGUUGCUCGUCGUGCAGAAGCUGCUCGUUCUCUCCGUGCCAAGCGCGAUAUCAAGACCUUGCCCAAGAAGUUCCGUCGUGAUCUCGCCACUCUUGAAGUCUACGAAGCUAUCAACCACAACCAAACCGGUGUUCUCGACUACAGCGUCAAUACCUCGGAAUCCACCAUCUUUGCCGCUAACACCUCUUGCAUCUUGACUCCUGCCAAUACUGAUGGUCCUUACUACGUUCUCGGUGAAACUAUCCGCCAAGACGUUACUGAAGGACAAGCUGGUGUCCCUCUCCAUCUUGAGGUUCAAUACAUCGACAUCACAACAUGCGAGCCCGUUCCCGAGGUCUACGUUGAUAUUUGGAACGCUAACGCCACUGGUGUCUACGGUGGCAUUAACGUCACUGGAAAUGUCGCCGAUGGUGGCUACGAUUCUACCUUCUUGAGAGGUAUUCAAGCUACCGACUCUGACGGAGUCGCUACCUUCGAUACCAUCUUCCCCGGCCAUUACGAUGGACGUGCUACACACACCCAUCUCCUCGCUCACUCUAACGUUACCGUUCUUGCAAACAACACUAUCCAAGGAGGCGCCGUUACCCACAUUGGUCAACUUUUCUGGAACGAGGUUCUCCGCAGCGCAGUCGAAGCCACAUACCCAUACAACACCAACACCCAAGCCGUUACCUCCAAUGCUGAUGACAUGUGGUCCAUCGUCCAAGCCGAGAACGAUUUCGAUCCUUUCCCCGAAUUCAUGUAUUUGAGCGACGAUAUUACCGAUGGAUUAUUGGCCUGGAUUCAAAUCGGUAUCAACACCACUGCAGAUUGGUCUGAUGAUGAUUACUAUAGUGUCGCAGCUACCAUCCAAGCUGAUGGCGGACAUGCUAGCACUUCUAGCUUCUCCGGCGGUGGAGGUGCCGGUGGUGAGGGUGGUAACGGUACAGCUCCAGGAAAUGGAACUGCCCCACCUUCUUAA